GCUGCCGAUGCCUCAGAGCACCGGGCCGGGCUCCGUGUAACGGGAGAGGGGCCCUGAGGCCAGCGGGGCCAAGGCGGCGCGGAUCGCGGGUGUUCCCCGCUGCCAGGAGGCCGCGGGAGCCCCUCUGCGACCCCCGCCCCGGAAUCGCCUCGGAGCGCACUGAGGAACGAUGAAAAAAAAUAAUAAUUCUGCAAAAAGGGGGAACCAGGAUGGAAACCAGCAGCCUGCGCAGCCGGAGAAGGUCGGCUGGGUGCGGAAAUUCUGCGGGAAAGGCAUUUUUAGGGAAAUCUGGAAAAACCGUUAUGUGGUUCUGAAGGGAGAUCAGCUUUACAUCUCGGAGAAGGAGGUAAAAGAUGAAAAAAACAUACAGGAAACGUUUGAUCUGAGUGACUACGAGAAAUGUGAAGAGCUCAGGAAGUCCAAAAGUAGAAGCAAAAAGAACCACAGUAAAUUCACCCUUGCCCACUCCAGGCAGCCUGGAAACACGGCACCAAACCUGAUCUUCCUGGCUGUGAGUCCAGAAGAGAAAGAGUCCUGGAUUAACGCCCUCAACUCUGCAAUCACACGUGCUAAAAAUCGGAUCUUGGACGAGGUCACCGUGGAAGAGGACAGCUUCCUUGCCCACCCGACACGUGACAGAGCCAAGAUCCAGCACUCCCGGCGCCCUCCCACGCGGGGUCACCUCAUGGCUGUGGCAUCUACCUCAACCUCUGACGGAAUGCUGACCCUCGACCUGAUCCAGGAGGAAGACGCCUCUCCGGAGGAUCACGGCACCUGCGAGCAGAGUUUCCGGGUGGAUCUGGACAAGUCCGUGGCUCACCUGACCGCGGGGCGGCGCCGCUCGGACUCGGAGAACGCCAAACCAGCGGAGAAAGGGCGGACAGGGAGCCUCCCCCGACAGGAGGCGGCCCCGUGGGACAGAGCCGGCCAGCGCAAUGACUCCUUUGACAAAGGGACCAUGUACACGCCGCAGGUCCCCAAAAAGCUCUCCCACUCAGAAAAGAAUAAAUGUGCCUCCAUGGAAGAAAUCCUGUCCCGAAGGGACUCUUCCGCACACCGGGCGGUGCUGAGGAAGGGGCUGGAGGCUCAGUUUGCCUCGGCGGAGCCGGAGCAGCUGACCCGGAUACAGGAACUGGUUGCACUGAAACUGGAAAAAACUCAGGAACUGCUGACAGAGGUGAAGGGCUACGGGGAAGGCAAGAAAAAGACCAAGGACUCCAACACCAGCACCACCAUCACCACCACCUCUUCUUCCUCAUCGUCUUCUUCCAAGUCGGACUCUGAAAGGAUCCUGCAGGAAUCUGAGAGGCUGCUGGGGGAGGCUUCCUCCACCUGGAGCCAAGCCAAGAGGGUGCUGCAGGAGAUCAGAGAGCUGAGGGACCUGUACAAACAGUUCGAGCUGCAGCAGUCAGACUCGAAGCCCAAACAGAGCUCACAGUCGCAGUUUAGGAAGAGCAUGAUGUGAAGGCAAGCCUUGGGAUGGGAGGGAGGGACUGGGAAGGGCGGCCAUCUGGUCUUUUUUUUUAAAAUAUUAUUAUUAUUUACAGUGUUCAAAAGAGUGAAAAGGUGCCUGUUCUCACCCAAAUUUGCUUCUCAAAGCUUGGACCCUUCCUUUCCUCCAUCGCAUCCCCUGAUGAAUCAACCCAGUGUUCCAAUAAAUCAGUUGCAGUUUA